UAUGUUGUCUCUAGUUCAAUUCUGGAGGCGGUGAAUAAUAUUGGAUUUCAUUUGCAAGUUCCUAUUUGAGCACAUGACCAUAAACACAAGUCCAGUGAAGAAAAAGUAUGGUGAUUUGUCAUUGAUCGGAUUGUACAUGUUCAGCCAAAAAAUAGUUCAGUACAUGCGGACAAACGGACAAACCUCUCUUCUUCAACCUUUUGAUCCCCGGAUAUCAAUAUUAUCCUCUCCAUCACCUUUAUUUCGUCUGCACCAAAUAUCUUUCGCCAGCUCGGUUUCAUCAACACACCAAAAACCAAAAAAAUCAUCAAAACGCCAUAUGAAGAGCAAUGAUUGAUCAGUUACAACUUUUUUAUUGUUCAUAACUGGCUGCUGAAAUUCCUAUUGCUCAAUGAAAUGAAUUGUCUGAACCGUAAUAUUAGGCCGAAUUCAUCAUCAUUCCUAUACAGUCACCGGGUAAAUGUCACCUUUCGAUUCUACCGAUGUAGUUUCACCUCAAAAUUCUUGGGGUGACAGUUAAACCAAAAACAAGACACCAGACUGUUUCCACAAUUUUCAACUUUUUUUUGGGGGAAAAAAAUAACUGCUUGCAUGGACGGUUAGAGUUACGAGUGGCAGAAAAGUCAUGAUGGUGGGGAGUUCCAAGUAAUCUAUCUGUUCCAGUUCAUUGAAAGUUCGUCUCACUUGGGGCUUUCUUCCCACGAAUCUGUCUUCUCCAUAUCUUCAACGAAAACUCCAGUUUCACCAACUCCCCCUUUCAUCUUCAUCUUUCCAUCCCAUUCGAUUCCCACUUAUAACCCCCCCCCAAUCCCACCCGCUGCUUCCUAUCCAUCGCCACUCUCAACUCUCCUCUCUCUGAUUUCCAUCUCCCACAUAAUUCCGUCUUCGAAUUUCUCAACUUUCGCCUCAAUCUCCAUUCCUUUCUCUUCCCUUCUCAUCCCUAUUAUCAAUAAAUCAAGAUUCAUCGAGGCUAAUAUUCCAGAACCCCAGUUUCUAAGCUGAUCGUGCCGCAACUUACUGUCUUCCCUGAGUUUCUGGAACGAAAUGGAAUCUGAAAAUGGCGUUGCUAUGGAGGAAGAGAAACGUGUCAUUGGGGAAACAAGGGAGGAGAAUUUAAACAAGGAAGACCACAAGGAUUGCAAUGGUACAGAAGUUCAGAGCCAGAACGAAGCAGACAAACCCACAGUUGAAGCUGAAGGCCCCAAAUCUGCUGCUGCUGGAGCUGCAGGCGAAGCCCUUGUAACUUCUUCUGCAAGUAAAUCCUCAAAACGUACUACCAAGGAAACUGGUAUUGCUUCAAAGAACAACAAAUCUGUUAGAGAUAAACCCAAUUUGAAAGGUUCGACUUCGAUGCCUCAGAAACAAAGGCCAACCAUUUCUCAGAGCCUUUCAUUCCCAGCCAAAACAGCUCGUGGGGCAGCUAUGAAGAAAAGCGUUGACGAUCAUGAGAUUAGAGCUGAGGCUUCUGUCCGUCCAUCGAUCAAGUCUACAAACUCUGAAUUGAACUCAAAGGAAGUAAAGACAAAGCCUGAGAAUUUUGCCAGGAGAGCUUCCUUGACAUCCAAGCCCAGCUUCAAACGCUCUGUGUUUGGAAGGACUACUGAGGUGAAUGCGGUAGCUAAAAGCCAUGCAUCUGAGACAUCCCUAACCACCGCGGACCAGAAUUCAGACGCAGCAAAAACUGCAAAGCCAAAUAUAGAGGAUGAUGAUGCUAACUCAACUACUUCAAGUGGUACUCCUCGACGGAAGGGCAAUGGGGUUGGAUUUUCCUCCAGGCUGGAAGAACGAGCUGAAAAGCGAAAGGAGUUUUUUUCCAAGCUGGAAGAGAAAAUCCAGGCAAAGGAAGCAGAGAAAACUGACUUGCAAGCGAAAUCAAAGGAAAACCAGGAGGCAGAGAUCAAGCAGCUAAGGAAGACCAUGACUUUCAAAGCCACUCCGAUGCCGAGUUUCUAUAAGGAACCCCCUCCGAAAGUUGAACUCAAGAAGAUUCCAACGACUCGAGCAAAAUCUCCAAAGCUUGGACGGCACAAGGCUUCUGGAGUGACUGAUAAUAACGAUGCAGAUGAAAAAUCUUGUUCAAGCCCGCGUGUGAAACAGCAGAAGAAUGAUCCGGCCAGGGCCAAGAUAAGGUGUGACAAAGAUGUGAAUCCCAAGAGACCAAACAGGAAAAUUCAAGCUCAGGAAUCUGAAAGCAGUAAAAGUAGUGCCAAAAUCAGCCAAAACGGUAAGGGAGAACGCCGAGAAACAUCGGAGGCCGUUGAAUCUGAGGAGAACAUUGCCCCAAACAGUGCUCAGCUUACAGCCACGACACCAGCGAAUGUAGCGGAUGAGGUUACUGUUGGAGUGUAGAUUCAUGUGUCGAACGUAUAUUUUACAUACACACUUAGGAUUCUAUGUUCUUUCCGAUUAUUUUAUUUCAUUAUCAAGAUUUGUAGAUAUAAAGAUUGCGUGUUCCUCAUCUUAAAUCUGCUUUGCAGUUACAUGUAUACUUGUCUCUCACUUUGAUCUGUUAACCUCGGGUGUUUUUACUUAAUCCACCUGCUUUGAUUUCCUUUUUA